CCAUAUUUUUUCCAAUACCUUAAAUAAAAAAUCCCAUUCCAAUCUAUCAAAUGCUUUUUCUGCAUCUAAAGCAACUGCCACACUCAUUUCCUCCCUCUUUUGAGCCAAAUGAAUUACGCUAAAUAACUGAGUUACGUUAUCUGCUGAUUGUCUAUUUUUAAUAAAUCCUGUUUGAUCAUUGUGUAUUAAUUUUGGUAAGUAUUUAGAUAAUCUGUUAGAUAAGAUCUUUGCUAUUAUUUUAUAGUCAGUCUUUAACGAAGAAAUAGGUCUAUAUGAUGAUGGCUUUAAAAGAUCUCUAUCUUUUUUUGGCAAUACUAUUAAAAUAGCUGUCGAAAAAGAUUCUGGAAGUUUACGCAUUCUUCCCGCUUGGUGUAUUAUCUCCAUAAAAGGAGGAAUUAAUAAAUCUUUAAACUUUUUAUAAAAUUCAGGUGGAAAACCAUCUUCUCCUGGGGAUUUAUUACUUUGAAAUGAUCAUUGAGCUUCUUCGACCUCUUUUAAUGUAAAAGGUGAAAUGUACCUGAGCCCGUGGUUCUCUGGCAGCAGCAGCCCUUGAUUCUGUUCCAACUUGCCUUGUCUUCACGGUCCAAGCUCAGUGAUCACCGAGCUCCUGUCAAGCUGGAACGAUUUCCAGCUGCUGCAGUUGACGGAUAUCUACCAGGACAGGCUGGAGCAGAUGAUGGAAGGUGGGGUGCACGGAGUGAGCCUGGCGUUAACGGCCGAGAAUCAGUUCAGCGGAGAGGAACAUCGGAAAAUCUCUGAUCUCGCUGAUAAGGGAGAGCGGACGGACAGUUCUAAACUCCUCCUGAGCCUGGUGAUGGAGAAAGGCUCCCGCGCCCGGAGGGUGAUGUGGGAAACCUUUGUCAAAAUGCGGAUUGGCGUCCCAAAUUUGGACAAAAUACUGAAGGAAAUACAGAUAUAUGGUUGUGAUCCUUCCCAUCGACCAAUUUCCACUCAACAUUUACUAAAGGUUCUCAGUGAGCUGAAAGAUGUUCAACAGAAACACAAGGAGACUCUGCGGGCACAAACUGAAACACUGAGAGUGAACACGAUCCUGAUGAGGGAGAAGGUGAAGGUUUUCCAGCUGGUUGAUCGAUACGCUGAGCUCACGGUCAUUUCUACUGUUCGAGAUCGGACACUGGUGGAACAUGAGCUGCUGGCAAGAGGCAGAGACCACGAGGAGUGGAGAGAGAAACAUCUCUGCGGAGAGCUGGAAAAAGUCCGGACUGAUCAGUUGUUCCAGAACAGCUUUUCCCAGAGUAAAUCCAAAUCUGGGAGUUCUGCAGCAGUGGCUGGAGUCGCGGGGAUCGGGAAAACAACAAUGGUACAAAAGAUUGUUUAUGACUGGGCCACGGGGAAAAUAUACCAACAGUUCCAAUUUGUCUUCAGUUUCAAAUUCCGGGAUUUAAACUCCAUUAACUGUCGAAUAAACCUGAAGGAACUGAUUCUGGGUCAGUAUCCUUACUUUGGGAAUAUCCUGAGAGAGGUCUGGAAGAACCCAGAGGGAUCGCUGUUUAUAUUUGAUGGUUUGGAUGAAUUCAAUGACCAAAUUAAUUUUUCUGACAGUCGGAGAGACACGGAAACUCGUUACACAUGCACAGAUCCUGAAUUCAAGUGCAAGGUGUCUGACAUUGUGUACGGUUUAAUCCAGCACAAGCUGCUCCCAGGGUGUUCAGUGCUGGUGACCACCCGUCCCGCUGCGUUACAUUUAUUGGAAAAGGCUGAGAUCAGUACCAAAGCUGAAAUCCUGGGAUUUUCUGGUGAGGAACGGAAGGAAUAUUUUAUCAGACAUUUCGAAGAUCAGAUGGUGGCAGAAGCUGUUUUCAAACACGUGAAGGAGAACGAGAUCCUGUACACCAUGAGCUACAACCCCUCCUACUGCUGGAUCCUCGCUCUGGCACUGGGCCCCUUCUUCACACAAAUCGACAGGGACAAGCAGCGAGUUCCCAAGACCAUCACCCAACUGUACUCCUACUAUAUUUGCAAUAUCCUGAAAAACCACGGCCGUGAGAUUGAGAACCCCCGUGAAGUUUUACUCAGGGUUGGUCAGAUGGCCUACAGAGGAGUGUCCGAGAGGAAGAUUGUGUUUACAGGUGGAGAUUUGAUCAACUACAAUCUGCAGCCUUCCCAGUUCCUGUCCGGGUUCCUGAUGGAGCUUUUGGAGAGAGAGGAUUCUGCCCGGAGCGUGGUGUACACAUUCCCACACCUCACCAUCCAAGAGUUUGUAGCUGCAGUCGCACAAUUCCUGAUGCCAGAUGGCAGAGAUAUUAUGAAACUCCUCACUGAAGCCCACUGCGUGAAGGAUGGACGGUUUGAGGGAAUAAAGUCCUAA